AUGCCAAGUGCCGGAACCACGAAUCCGUCGCCUCAUGCAGCAGCACGGCGGGCCACGGCUGACGAUAUUCAAGAGUUACAAACCAAGUAUACACUUCUUGAGAGCUCGGUUCAAGAUCUCGAAGAAGCCUACGCAGCAAAUAGGCAACUUCGCUCCAAGGUUGUACACUUAGAAGCUCAGCUAAGCACGCUCGGAGAUACGGUACAAAGCUUACUAGAAUUCAAAUCCCGAGCGACAAAGUUGCUACAAGUCCUAGUGUCCAAUCAUGGUGUUGAUGAACUAAAAGCCCAAGUUUUGUCUCUGGCGUUACAGUCUAACGACCCAAACACGUUUCUGAAGUCUGUUGUGGAUGGAGAAAAUCCAUUAGAUGAAACCGACCGGAACGGAGGAAAUGCGCUAUUACCGUUGGGGAGUACGCACACAGAUACCGAGAUGAAUCCAGAACAACUUCAGCUUCAACUUCGAGAUUGA